AUGGAUCCCAAAGGCCAGAAGGUGAAGCUUAAUGAUGGCCACUUCAUUCCUGUCCUGGGAUUUGGAACCUAUGCACCUCCAGAGGUUGCUAAGAGGGAAGCUCUGGAAUUCACACCAUUUGCUAUAGAGAUUGGGUUCCACCAUAUUGACUGUGAUCAUGUGUACCAAAAUGAAGAGCAGAUAGGCCAGGCCAUUCAAAGUAAAGUUGCAGAUGGCACUGUGAAGAGAGAAGACAUAUUCUGCACUUCAAAGCUUUGGUGCACAUCCUUUCGACCAGAGUUGGUCCGACCAGCCUUGGAAAAGUCACUGAAAAAUCUUCAACUGGACUAUGUCGAUCUCUAUAUUAUGCAUUAUCCACUGGCUCUGAAGCCAGGGGAGGACAUUUUGCCAACAGAUGAAAAUGGAAAACUAGUAUUUGACUCAGUGGAUUUCUGUCACACAUGGGAGGCCCUGGAGAAGUGUAAGGAUGCAGAGUUGACCAAGUCCAUUGGGGUGUCCAACUUCAACCACAAGCAGCUGGAGAAGAUCCUGAACAAGCCCGGGCUCAAGUACAAGUCCGUCUGCAACCAGGUGGAAUGUCAUCUGUAUCUCAAUCAGAGGAAACUGUUGGAUUUCUGCAAGUCACAUGAUAUUGUUGUUGCUGCCUAUAGUGUUCUGGGAUCCCAAAGGGUAAAAGGAUGGGUGAACCUGAACCACCCCGUUCUCUUGGAGGACCUGGUUCUCUCUGCCAUUGCCCCAAAGCAUAAGAAAACCCCAGCUCUAGUUGCCCUUCGCUACCAGAUACAGUAUGGGAUUGUGGUUUUGGCCAAGGGUAACAAUAUGAAGUGGAUCAAGGAGAAUAUACAGGUGUUUCACUUUGAGCUGACUCCAGAAGACAUGAAAACAAUCGAUGACCUCAAUAGAAAUAUAAGAUAUAAUGAGAUAGUAUUUGAUGUUGGUCACCCUGAGUUUCCAUUCUCUGAGGAAUAUUGA